UAUCAUGUUGAGUUAACACAUUCAUUUAGAGGUAUCUUACCCUCUUACAGGUUUCCAACUGACUUAAGAUAAUUUUUUGGCGUCUCCUUACCCCAGUGAACGAAGAUAGGUGGUGUUACAUUGACACUUAUUAUAGAUUCUGAUCAGAAAUGGCACCGAAUCCAAGAGCUGAAAAGGCCAUUGCUGCAAUGAAGGCUAUUGGCAUUCAUGAAGAAAUUGUCAAGCCUGUCCUCAAAAAUCUGUGGAGAUUGUUUGAUAAAAACUGGGAGCCCAUUGAAGAAGAAAAUUAUAGAGCUCUUGCAGAUGCUAUAUUUGAGUACGAGGAAUCCAAGGCAACAGAAGAAAGGGACAGAGGAGAAGAGACUGAACCUUCUUUGAAAAGAUUGCGCAGGCAACAGGGUGGUCAGACCUUAACUUCAGGUUUUAACUCCAGACCCAUUUUGGGUGAAGGUUCACUUAAAAGACCAAAAAUUGAGGAAAAUGAUGGAUCUGAAACUUGCUACAGACAGGAAAGAACAGGACCCAUGCAGUUUAGAGACAAAAGAGUUGAGCCUGUGCUUGUUUCAUCCAUGGCACAUCUGAAGAACAAGGGAAAAGAAUCUUCUUCAACCCAAACUUGCCCUGAGCAUGUAGGAGCAGAGACAUUAGAAAUGUGUAGAAGAGAUAGAAGAAUUGAAUCUGACUCUGCUUCACUUCAGGCAUUUAAAAGACAGAAAGGGAAGGAUUCACCUGAAACUGCCCCUGGAGAGAAAAGAUCACCUUCAGUUUUUAGGGACAAAGGGAAGGAGCCUGUUUCACCUCAAAAUGCUCAGAGGGGCAAAGUUUCUCCUUCAGGGAGAGCAUCUCAGGCAGUCUGUCUUAAAGAGCACAAGAUUGAGUCAAGGAUUGUUGUUCUUCCUAGAGAAAAGAUUCCUAAUCAGAUAAAUAAUGCCUUCAUAGAGCCCAAAAGCGAGGAUUUCACAGAUGAUUUGCCUCAGUUUGUGGUUCCAAUCUCCAUGAUCCAUCCACUUCCAGCCCCCUUGAGAAAUGAAGGUCCUAUUAGUACAAAGGCGUUUUCAAGCAGAAAUUGUUCCGCUGUGCAAGCGAAUGGUCAGUGGCUCCAGUCUUCUCAGUCUGGGGAUGCAGAAGGUGAAGGUGAUUGUGUUUCAGAUAAAGCAUGCAAGACUGGAAAAGAGCAUGAACUUAUAAACAUCCCAGAAGAAUCUUCCUCUACUUUAGAGAUUGCCUCUUCACCCCUGGGAGAGGUAAAAAUCUUGUUGAGCUGUGAUUCUGCCCCCGGGCAAUCGGGCUUCCAUGUACCAAAUCUGGAUGAAGUUCUUAAAAUGAUGGAGGACAGAUGUCUAAAAUUGUACCAAAUUGUUGAGCCCCGUUUGUCUGUGAUGAAUCUAAUGAAAGAAUUGUGCCUGUGUUUUCUGGAACUGGGUACUGACUCUGCAGAUAAGAAAGCGGAAAAUGGAAGAAAGGAAAUACCAACUCCUGAUAUGACAAAUGCUCUGGGACCCAAGCAGAAUCUUCAGAACAACUUUAGUGUGUCACUGGGUUCUUCAAGUGGAUCAGGUCAUUUUAAGGUUCUUGUGCCACAAAUUUCGAGGCUUCUAACCAUGGAUGGCCUGGAUAGCCACGAUCCCAUUACACGACUCAACCACAAAGUUGUUGAGAACUCUAAUGCUGAAAGGGGCAAGAAGAAAAAGGAGCCAAAAGGUCAAGGCAGAGGAAAUUCAAGUAGUUUGGUGCCUGUCCAACAGCACCAGUUUGGUGAUGUGAGGCUUCUCCAUGAUGUCAGUGACAUAUCUAAAGGGGAAGAAAGGGUUAAAAUUUCAGUGGUAAAUGAAUUUGAUGGAGAGCUGUAUCCACCUUUAUUUUACUAUAUUCCACAAAAUAUUGUCUAUCAAAGUGCAUAUGUGAAAUUUUCACUUGCAAGGAUUGGAGACGAAGAUUGUUGUUCAAGCUGUUUUGGUGAUUGUUUAUCGUCUGACAUACCUUGUGCGUGUGCACGGGAAACUGGUGGUGAGUUUGCAUACACACUGGAAGGUAGAGUGAAGGAAAGGUUUCUGUAUGAAUGUAUUUCUAUGAAUCGUAACCCUGAUGGACAUCCAUCGCGUGUUUAUUGCAAAGAUUGUCCUCUAGAAAGAUCAAAGAAUGAUGACUUUGCGGACCCAUGCAAGGGCCACUUAGUGAGGAAAUUUAUUAAGGAAUGCUGGAGUAAGUGUGGCUGCAGCAAGCGAUGUGGAAAUCGAGUAGUGCAGCGAGGCAUAACAUGCAAUUUACAGGUGUUUAUGACACCUGAAGGAAAAGGAUGGGGUCUCCAGACACUUGAAGAUCUUCCAAAAGGUACUUUUGUCUGUGAGUAUGUGGGUGAAAUUGUUACUAACAUUGAGCUAUAUGACCGCAAUAUGCAAAGCUCAGGAAAGGAAAAACAUACAUACCCUGUGCUGCUUGAUGCUGAUUGGGCCUCUGAAAAAGUAUUAAAUGAUGAAGAAUGUCUCUGUCUAGAUGCUACAUCUUAUGGAAAUGUUGCCAGAUUUAUUAAUCACAGAUGUUUUGAUGCCAACAUGAUUGGGAUUCCUGUGGAAGUGGAGACACCGGAUCAUCACUACUACCAUCUUGCUUUCUUUACAACAAGAAACAUAGAUGCUUUGGAUGAGCUUACCUGGGACUAUGGGAUAGACUUUGAUGAUCAUAAUCACCCUGUGAAGGCAUUUCAGUGUUGCUGUGGAAGCAAGUUCUGUCGAGACAAGAAGCGUUCAAACAGAGGCAAGUCACUAGUCUUGAGUUAACCAACAUGCGAGUCUUACCGCUGGAAAUUACUGGAUCUCGAGGACUUGUGAAGAUAUAAGCUGUUUGAUGCUGCAGUUUAACAAGUGGGAUGCCAACAUUGAGGAGAAAUCUGCUGAGUGAGGUGCCUGAAGGGUACACCGGAUGAUGUACUUGUCAGUGGAUAGUUCGGUUCUUUGUUAAAGCUCCGAUGAGAUUCUUUCAGGUUAACUGUACAGGUUUUUGUAGAUCAGAGGGUUUGGCUAGUUUUAACUGUAGAUUGUAGAGUUUGCUGGUUUCACUGGUUCAGUUUUAGUGUUUUCAAAAUGCAUAAUUCAUGCUUUUGAGA